AUGGGAACUGAAGAUGUUCAUCGUUUUAGCUCUCUUCCCCCGAUCCUGGACUCUUACCAGUCAGCACGGUGUCCAGAAAAGGCCGCCAUAACUGACCAUCAGAAGAGGAGACAGCAAAACCCCAGAACAGGGUUGUUGGCAAUGACUUCUGCCUAUGCUGUGGAUUCUGAUCAAGUCCUUCAAAGAAAACGAAAAGCUCUUCUAGAUCAGCGCCAUCUAGAGACAUACUACAAAAUGCACCACUUGAGAGACAUGCUUUCAUGUCAGUAUGCUACAUUACUGAGGGAAAAAGUUCAAAGACAAAGGCAAGAGAUGAAGCCCCUUGAUUCAGAUAAUUCCAGACUCGGGAAAGUGCAUAAAGAUAAGACGUUUGUCACCAUUCAGAGGGUCACCAGAUCAACCCUCACACACAAGGAUGCAUACUUGAGGUGUUUACCUAAAACAUACCACUACCUGGUUCUGGAACUGCAGAAACAGCUGACCCGACUCGGGUAUCUUCAGAGCCGCAGGGAGCAUGAGGUGUUCAAGGUCUGGGUGGAACAACACAGAAGCACAAGUCAAAUAGAAAAGCAACUACAGGCCAUUGGCAAUGCAGAGAACAGCAGUAAUUCCAGCCCAGAUGUGACUCUGAAGGACCUGCUAAAACAGAAGUCUGUAUCUCUACCGAAACUUCAGAUCACACCUGAUGACUCCACAGCACAACAGGAACAUAUGCCUGUCUCAAGAGGGGGUGGAGGAGGGGUGAAUGCUUUCCAACUGCUGGGCAAACAGACCUCGGGACAGGACGAAACUGAGCUCAUGUUUCCUGAAGUCUUUACUCGCGAGCUCCAAGUGCCAAAGUUUUUUACUCUGCAGUCCACCUUCCUGGAAAAAGUCAGCUCCAACUUGCUUUUUAAGAGAACCCAUGAGCCACUGAUCCAGUCAAAGACUACUGACAUUACCCACAAAAUGAGAUUAAUGCACAACCUCUCUCUUUCUCACAUGGCUGACACCCAGAGAAUCAUGGCAAAAAAUGGAAAAUGGAGCUUACAAUGCACAGAUGGUUUCAGCAUCAAAGAAUUGGAGAUGAAGCAUGAAUGUUCUCACAAUGUCCAAAUUCGAAAGACCAGAUGCCCUGCAGAGCCUGACCCUACAAUACACCAGCUUGAUCAGAGUAAACCUGAGAACCCAGCAUCCUUAAGUGAAUGUUCAAAUGCACAUUUCUCACCAAGUUUGCAGCCAGCUGGGAAAAGCACAGAGGAAUCCCCAUGUAGUUGUGCUGGAGAUCCUCAUUUAUCAAAUACAGAUGUGCCUCUAUGCUUAUCUGACAUCUAUACUGGUCAUUCUUUUGAGGUGGAAAACUGUGAAGUGAAAAUGUGGACAAAUUAUACAUAGACCACUGUGAUGAUCUGUAACUUUAGUGCUGUUAAGAAUGGGGAAAGAAAAAAUGAGGAAAAUGUCCUGCAAAUUAUGUAAAUGUAAUUUCCAUUGCAUUAUUUCAUUUAUGAAUUUACUUAAUAAAUAACAAAAUGAUUCUAGAUUUUACAGUCUAUAGACCUAGCUUUACGCACUUUCUGUUAUGUUAUAGCUAGUCUGCUGUUUAAAUCAUGUCUGGAUGAAUGUUAUAAGUUCAAGCCUGUCUUAAUUUGUACACAUAUUUUGGUAUUCAGAUGCUUUCAAUAUACAAUUCAUUCCAGAAUAGGUACUUGUUGUGAAAUCUCAUCCAUUUUUACCGGAAGUGUUGUCGCCUAGAUGACGCUUUCACGCUUUUUUAUGAACAUCCAUUGUCCUGGACCGCGUCGAGUCGGAUGGCGUUUCCUCUGCUUUUGACACCUCGGAAAAAGAUUCCCACGGGCUUUAAACUCAUAAACAUCUACUAUAACGUUUCAUCAGCACGGGCAUGGACUUAUACGGCCAUUGGGUGUAUAAUUAGGCUAGCGGACUGCAUUAAUCUUUUACUAAACAAAUUUUCUGAACUUUUUAAUAAUGAUCAUUCUAGGCUGCUCGAUAAAA